GGAGGAGAGAACCGGCCCUUCCUGCCUGGUGCUGGCACCGACCAGGGAACUGGCCCAGCAGAUUGAGCGCGAGGCCAGGAAGUACCACUAUCGAGGCAUCCGAUGCGUGUGCAUCUACGGCGGCGGCAACCGGAGAGAACAGAUCCAGACGGUAAACUUGGGCGUGGAGAUCGUCAUCGCCACCCCCGGGCGCCUCAACGACCUGGUCAUGAACAACAUCAUCGACCUCAAAUACGUCACGUUUCUCAUCUUGGACGAGGCCGACCGCAUGCUGGACAUGGGCUUCGAGCCCCAGAUCAAGAAGGUGCUGCUGGACAUCCGCCCGGACCGGCAGACGGUGAUGACCAGCGCCACCUGGCCGGAGGGGGUGCGUCGCCUCUCCCAGCAGUACAUGAGCAGCCCCUUCCAGGUGUUCGUCGGCUCCCUCGACUUGGCCGCUGUACACACAGUGAGCCAGACGAUCAUCAUCUGCGACGAAAGCGAGAAGCGAUCGGAGCUGCUUGGAUUUUUGGAGACUAUGCAGCCUGAUGACAAGGUCAUCGUUUUCUUGGACAAGAAAGCCACGGUGGACUACCUGUCGAGCGACUUCAUCCUAGCCGGCAUCAACUGCCAGUCGAUCCACGGGGACAGGGAACAAUGCGACCGGGAGCAAGCCCUAGAAGACCUCCGCGAUGGGACAGUCAAGAUCUUAAUUGCCACGGACGUCGCUGCCCGUGGCCUCGACAUCAAAGAUAUCACGCACAUCUUCAACUACGACUUUCCGCGCAACAUUGAAGAAUACGUCCAUCGGGUGGGACGCACUGGAAGAGCUGGGCGCCGCGGCGAGUCCAUCACCCUGGUGACCCGGGAGAACUGGCGCCAGGCCAAGGAGCUGAUCGCCAUCCUGGAAGAGGCCAACCAGGAGGUUCCGCAGGAACUCUACUCCAUGGCCACACGCUUCGAAGCCUGGAAGAAGAAGCGGGACGAGGAGCGGCCGUUCGGAGACCGUGACCGAAAUGGUGGCGGCGGCGGUGGUGGUUUUCGUCGUGGCGGUGGCGGGUACCGAAACCGGUGGUAACCUUGGGACAACCUUGAGGUCGCAUAGAAUGUGGUGCUUCUCUGCCUGUGCCCAACAUCUACGUUGCAGAAGUGAACCAGACACUUGUCAUUUUCAUCUUUCCAUUUUUUUUCUCCUUGUUUCACGCCACUGCGAUUGUCAGUCACGUCGCCGUGCGUGUGGGUACGAUGCAUCCUUUCGUCUGCUGUGUGACACCACUUUGUGUGCCAGCUAAACACAAUUAAAAAAAAAAAUUGUGUGGAGGGAUUGUAUUUUGAAUGACCUUGUAAAUCCGUUUAUGCACAAAAAGAUUGGCCAGGUUACAGUGGCACUGGUCGCCGCGACGAAUGUGGUUCGAUCGCAUCUAUCAGCUCGAGAUGGCGAGGUCCUUGGCGAGCUUGCAGACAACCACGUGCAUCAUGCGGGGCUUCAGCUCAAGGAACAGGCUGGUGCUCAGCGGACGCUGAUCUUCCCAGGCAUGCAGGUCCCUGCAGGGUCGGUUUGGAGGAAAUCAAUAAACAGAUACGUUGUCCGAA